AAUGUAACAAGUAUUGCAGAUGACAUGGCCUCGGUUUCAACUCUGAUUCCCCCUUCAAUCUCUUCCCUAACCCUCGCUACUACCCCGUUGCCGCUGCCUCCAAUUUCAUCUCCCAACACUGUCAGAUCCAAGUUACAGUUCCAUUACUCCUUCAAAAUACCAUUUGAUAGAGAUAAGGGAAGGUGGACGGUAAGCAAACGCCGUUACCGACGAUGGGCAGCUUCCACCAACCACGUAGAUGAGCAUUCUGACACUACUCGAGAAGCAGAAGAAGAAGUUGAGGAGCAUAUUUCUAGGGCAACUUUGAUAUGGAGAGCAAUCAAGUUGCCUAUGUACUCUGUUGCUCUUGUUCCCCUCACUGUGGGUACUGCAGCUGCAUUUUUGCAGGCAGGCCUAUUUUCUGCCAGACGCUAUUUUGUGCUCCUGUUUUCAUCAGUUCUUAUCAUCACUUGGCUCAAUUUAAGCAAUGAUGUUUAUGAUUUCGACACGGGGGCAGAUAAGAACAAGAAAGAAUCUGUUAUGAACAUGGUUGGCAGUCGUACAGGGACACUUAUCACUGCCUAUGCAUUACUUAUCUCUGGCUUCAUGGGACUAGCCUGGGCAUCUGCAGAAGCUGGAAAUAUACGCUCCAUAUUACUGUUGGCUUGUGCUAUUAUUUGCGGCUACAUUUAUCAGUGCCCACCAUUUCGGUUGAGUUACAAGGGAUUGGGAGAGCCCUUGUGCUUUUCAGCCUUCGGUCCAUUUGCAACUUCUGCUUUCUACUUGAUGCAGAGUACUAGAAGUGAGAUGCACCAUCUUCCCCUAACUGGCACAGUUCUAUCUGCAUCACUUCUUGUUGGAUUCACAACAUCCUUGAUUCUUUUCUGCAGUCAUUUUCACCAGGUUGCUGGAGAUCUAUCUGUUGGAAAGAUGUCUCCUCUGGUAAGGAUUGGCAAUAGAACAGGUUCAAGGGUGGUGAAAGUUGCAGUUGGGACUCUCUAUUUCCUUCUGUUAGUGCUGUGUCUGAGCCAAGCCCUUCCUUUGACAUGCCUAUUUCUCUGUGCUCUCACCCUGCCCAUUGGGAAACUUGUAGUUCGCUACGUUGAAGAGAACCACAACGAUAAUGCCAAGAUCUUCAUGGCCAAAUAUUAUUGUGUAAGGUUACAUGCUUUAUUUGGAGUUGCAUUGGCUGCUGGGCUGGUGGGUGCUAGAACUGUGACUGAAAGAUAUGUACCAAAGCCAUUGUUUCCUUGACAUUGUCCUGCAGCUUGGUCUUCAAAGCUGGAACCUGAGGUUUAAUGUCAAGGAUGAGAAGGAUCAGUAACGAAGCACAUAUUGAGAGACCUCCAUUAUUGGAUACAUGUUGGAUGAUACACUGAGAGAAGAGAAUAGGAAAGACGAGUGAUUUCGCUGCUCCAUCCCCCCGUUGUUUCUAUUUAAACAGGGUGGCUCCUAUUCAAAAGACAAAGCUUCCUUCUUUUAUACAAUGUUAGACCCUUCUUCUGUGGUGACGUCAGUAACCUUGCGCCCUCGGAAAAUCCUUCGCUAAGCCAGAUUACGAGCAGUAGUGUUCUUGGAGCACCCACCCUGGGAAGCCUCAGUUGUGCUCUAUAACCACUCAAUUUUAUUGUAAAAUGAGUUCAAUUGUAAUCAAUAUGCAAAUGGUUGGUGUACUGGAGACUUCAACUCAGGUUUUUUUCUUUGUUCUUCUUUAAAUUUAUAUUGAACACAAUUUCAAUCCAUCAAUAAGUUUCUCAGAGGCUGUUUGGAUGAAGAAUUGAAUUCAUCUAGAAUGGCAUCUCCUACUUGCAUU